GUAUUACUUCCGGCGCAAAGGUCGUAGUUACGACAGGUCAAUGUGUCCUUUCACACGUGUGUUUCUGUAAUCUUCCAGAAGUGGUAGUAGCCGGGGCCAGCCGGUUGUUGCGUGCUGUCACACUAAUUUAUUCAUUCCUUACUCGCCUUAAUAUUUCUGUACCGCUAUGCUAAAGUCGGUUGUCCGCGCGGUGGGAGCCGCAGUCCGCAUUACCUCUGCCACCACGUCCACAGCCCGGGCUCUGCCGCUCAGCUGCGCGACUCUGUGCUCUCCGAGUUCGGCUACAGCCCGGCCCUUCACCCGGUCUCUGUGGAUGCUGAACAACAACGGAGCCUCGUCAGGAUACAGGCCAAAACUGUUCAGUUCAAAAGUGUUGAAUCCCUCGGUAUCGUGUGGAUGUGGAGGACUGCACACGGAAGGUGACAAAGCAUUCGGUGAUUUCCUGUCUGAUGAAAUAAAAGAAGAGAGGAAGAUCCAGAAAAGCAAAACUCUUCCUAAGAUGUCUGGUGGAUGGGAGCUGGAGAUGAAUGGCACAGAAGCUAAACUCUCAAGAAGUGUUUCGGGAGAAAAAAUCUCUGUCACAUUCAACAUCAACAACAGCAUUCCUCCUAACUUUGAAGAAGAGGCAGAACAAGGACAGCAGAAGUCAGCAGAAGAAGAGCCAGAAAUCGUGUCAGCACCAAACUUUGUUGUUGAAGUAACAAAACAGGCUGCAAAACAUACCCUAGUGUUUGACUGCCAUUUUCCUGAAGAUGAGAUGAGUCAUGGGGAAGGAGAAGAGGAGAGCGACAUCUUUGCCAUCCGUGAGGUCAGUUUCCAGCCUGAGGGAGAUUCAGAGUGGAAGGAGACCAGCUAUAAUCUCAACACAGACUCUCUGGACUGGGCACUGUAUGACCACUUGAUGGACUUCCUGGCAGACCGCGGGGUCGACAACACCUUUGCUGAUGAACUGAUGGAGCUGAGCACUGCCAUUGAGCAUCAAGAGUACAUCAAAUUCCUGGAAGACCUCCAAGGCUUUGUCAAAUGUAACUAAUGUUAGAUAUAAGCGAAAUUUCACUUUUCUUCAAUAAACAUUCUGGCAAAGUUGGAGAUACGAUGAUACAGUAAGACUAAAGCAAAUGUUGCAGCACUGAAGGAUUGCUUUGUUUGGCACUCUAAAGAGACUGAUGGUAGUGUCUGUGACAGUGAGCCCUAUUGCCAGCAAUUUUCACAUAAAGACUUGGCUGCAAAUGUGUUUUCUUUGUUAAAAUGUGACUUUAUUUUUCAGUAACUUAAAUGAGAUAGUUUAAAUUAAUUAUAUGAAGGCCAUAAAUAAUGUAGAUCGUGACAAUGUGCAGAAACCAUCAUAGGAAAUGCCUCUCAAUUUUAGAGCAGUGGUCUUACCUGCAGUGGUUCGAUAUGGUCCAGUCAGUAUUUAUGAAUGUUAAGUUUCCCUCAAGCCAAUAAAGGGCAAAUUUGUCAAGAUGUGAAAUCAAAACAGAAACACCAAAAACGAAACAGUUUACAAAGUCAGUCCUCACCUAAAUGUAUGUGACAGCUUCUGGCAAUCCUGCUUUGAGUCUUACUUGUAGCUGGCUUGGUAAGGGAGUUCAUGGUGACCAAUAUUGAUUUGACUCUGUCAGACCAUAGCACAUGAAAUCUACAUUUGAAUGGCAUAUAUCAGUGGGUGUUGAGAAAAUGCAAGGUCUGUGUCCAUUAAAACAGUUUGAUAUAAACGGA